UCGUUAAACUGAUGGAUGAAGUCGAAGAUAGUCGUUUCAAUUACAAUUUUCCACCUGAAAUUGAUGGUUAUAAAAUUGCUCAAGGUAAUAAAACGGUAGCGAGAAGGGCAAUGUUGUUUUUCUUGGGAGUUUCAACCGGUGUUGCUGUAUCAAGAGUGAUCCCCAUCUUAACAUACACCGUUUGGAAACUUGACACUUAUAAUAUGACUUGCGAAGACAUUUUUCCGUUCUUAUUAAGACCACCGUUUCCUACAACAUCAACAUUAGGCUGUGUAGGAGCGAUUAAUUAUAUUAACGUUGUUAUGGUCGCUUAUGCAUAUCAAAUAAUAUGUUGUGAUGUUAUGUACGUUGCCUGCUUAAUUUGCUUAAAAUCGCAUAUGAGCAUAUUAAAGAAAGGCUUUGAAACGAUCCGUAUAAGAUGUCUAAGAGAAUUGAACUUAAAAUUGGAUUCCAGGGAACAUUUAAAUGAUUCCGACAUCAAGGAACUUGUUGAUAUGAUGAAUUUCGAAAUGAAAAAGUGCACGUUACAUUUACAAUCGAUAAUCAAAAACAUUCAAGUAAUAGAAGAAAUCUACAACAAAAUAAUUCUUAUGCAAGUUUUAACAGUCGUUUUUAUGAUGGUUUGUUGUCUUUAUAUGAUGUCAACGGUUAGCAUAUUUUCAACAACUUUUGCAGCUCAAAUUAUUUAUUUAGUUGCAUUAGCAACUCAAGUUACAUUGUAUUGUUGGUUUGGUAAUGAAAUUACUGUUGCUGGUUCAGAAAUACCAACGAGUAUUUAUCAAAGUGACUGGUUAUCCGCAACAACUGGUUUUAAAAGAAGUAUGAUGAUUAAUAUGUUGCGUUUAAAUAGAGAUAUUCAUCUUACAGUUGGGAAAUUUACUCCUCUAACAAUUGCAACAUUAGUUAGUAUUUUUAGAGGAUCUUAUUCCUAUUUUGCUGUCUUGAAGAAUGUGGAGAAUUAAAAAUUAAAAAAGACAUAGCUUAAAGAAUAUAUUUAGGUGAAACUAAUUUUUGGUGAACACAAUAAAUAGAUAAGAACACA